GAAUCUUCGCUCAAUAAUUUGACUUGUCAGAGAAACAGAAAUAUUUGGGCUAUUUAUAAAUUUAUGAUCUACGAUUGAAAAGUACGAUAAACAUUUAGUACGAUAUGUUGAGUGGCCUCCGCGGUGUAUCUCCAUCUUCAGAUGCGAUGUCUGAGAGCACGUUGGAGAGAAAUCGCGCUGAAAAAGCGCUAUUAACCAAAACUCCAGCCCAGAGCCAUGUGUAUCUCAACAAUCUCAAUAAGCCAAAUAAAAAUUACUCUGAUAAAAAUGGUAAUGAUGUAAGUAAAAACAUGAACAAAGGUCGCAAAACUUUCGCAUUUUGGACGCUCGUCGUGUUGUUAUUUGCACUGGCCAUCGGAAACUUAUUUCUUACAUUUACUAUCCUGGCUGUGUUGAGACUUGGUCAAGGUAUGGAGAGUAUGGAGUUUCUUCCUGAACACAAUGCGAUCAAAUUCUUCGGUCACACGGACCUGGAACAUGUGUACAAGAGGGACGGCUUAAUUGAGAGCUUCAGAGACACUCCGUUGAUGGUGACCAGCGAAAAUGGCUCUGUAGUAUUCAAUUUGCAGACCAGAGUAUCCCGUACGGACACUAAACUCGUAGUCAACACAUCUGGUGUCUUCAUCAAAGGAGUGUCAGGUCUCAACAUCCUCGACCCAGAAUCCGGAGACACAAUCUUCAGCACAAGUUCUCCAUUUAUGAAUUUACCUGAUGGAGUAAAGAAUAUACACGCUAAGCAAAUAUCAACGAAACGAAUUACGGCGCCGAUCGACCAAGAUUUGACUCUGCAUUCCGACACUAGCGCCCUCUUCCGGGGCGCAGAGGGAACACGCAUGGAAUCCAAAGAAAUAUUCUGGCACGCAGACCAAGAUAUUUACUUAAAAUCAAUCAAUGGUUCGGUUAUAUUGAGCGGGAAAGAAGGAGUUUUUAUUGACGUUAGAUAUCUGCCUAUAGCGAUGCCAACAAAUAAAACUGAGGCAAUUGGUCAAUUCAAAGUGUGUGUGUGUAUGCCCCAAGGCAAGCUGUUUAGGAUAGCCGUGCCUAACGGACAGAGAGUCACGUGUUCACAUGUUAACAUGACUGCGGGCUUCAAUCCCUGUGCUUAGAUAUAAUUUUAUAAAAUUAUUUUUUAGACUGAAGAUUUUAUUCUAGUCAAUACUAUCGAAAUAUUUUAAAUCAUGCAAACUAAUCUAGCUAUAACUACCAUAGCUGCCUAAAGUAAAUACAAUAUUUUGACAUAUAUUUUACACUAGCUGCGCCCCGGGGCUUCGCUCCCGUGAGAAUUUGGGGGAUAAAAAGUAUAUGUGUUACAUUGCGUAAAAGAGUAACAAACACACAUACAUCCUCAAAAGCGUUCGCAUUUAUAAUAUUAAUAGGGUAUUAAUUCAGCAAUCCAUAAAUAAUAUAUAUUGUACUAAUGUACAAUAACUUUGUUAAGAUGAGUUGUUUACAUAAUUAUAUGUAUAAAAACAACUUAACAAAGUCGCAUUUUAAGUGUUAAUGUUUGGAUUCUAUGAAUAAAUGAUUUCUUUGUUCUAUCUACCGUAUUGUGUGAAAAUUUGUGGAGCAGAUGGUAACAAGCUUACAUAUAACAAAUAUUUCUGUAACAGCACUCUUAUGAUUAAAUGUACCGUAGUUUGUGUACAUAAGUAGAAUAAAAAUACAAAUAUAA